CCUGAUGUAGAGUGGCCUGCGAAAUCCAGGAGCAUGGACCCAUACCAUGGAUGGAGUUAGAACUCAUAGAUUGAUCGAUCGAUCGAAGUUGGGGUUCAUUUUUCGCUAGUAAUAUCGACGACGACGACGACGCUGCAGUUUUGUGAUUCGAUCAGGUACGAAAAUCUAGUGUCUGCGCCAUCCUGAAGCGCAUGGGAAUCCUUUUUCAGGUCCGUAUCAGAGCUUCGACAUCGUCACCUUACUUGUCCCUGGAUCCGUCUCUCAUCUCUAGACAGUGACUUUGGUUUGAGUCGACACACAAUUUGUUCAAGGGUGUUGCAGAGAGUCUGAACCGAGCCAUCCGAUUGACUGGGAGGGUAUCAGAGACCCAGUGCCAAGAGGGAGGGAGUACAGUAUUUGAAGAGUAGAUGGGGGGAGCUGGUUGGAGAGUGACGGAUAUGCUGGAGUCGUUGCGUCGAAUGACUGUGAUGGAAACUUUGUUGCCUGGGACCAUGGCGUUGGGGUUGUCUUCCGCAGCCUGGCUGCUGCUCCCCAACGUGCUGCGUCGCUGCCACAGUUAUGUCGAGUCGGUCCCCAAAGCACGUAUGCACGGGCAGGAGUACGCCGACUCUGUGCCGUUCCAUCAAAGCGUGUUCGGCGCUCUGGAAGAUCCGAUUCGCUUGUUUUCCGGAGCUUUGACCUUCAGUUACUUAGGAUAUUUGGUGGCACCGCGGUCCCUGGGAUCUCAGUACCUCUUCCAAAUCCGGAGUGGUGUGACGACGGCUAGUUUCAUUUGGUUUCUCUAUUUGUACAAGAGGAAUGUCUUCAUGCGGAUUGCUUCCGGGAAAUCUCUUUCCCAUGACAGUAAGGAGCGGUACCUCACCAUGGAUCGUCUCUCGUCGAUAGCGUUGGUGGUGUUAGGAAGCAUGGCGUUGGCUGAAUCCUGCGGCGUUGCGGUGCAAUCAGUGAUCACAGUCGGAGGAAUCGGAGGAAUGGCCACGGCAUUCGCAGCCCGGGACUUAUUGGGAAACAUUAUAAGUGGACUUGGAAUUCAAUUCUGGAGUCCAUUUUCUGUGGGCGACUACAUCACCGCGGGGGAUUUGAGUGGUGAGGUGGUGGAUAUAGGCAUCCACUCAACGGAGAUCCUCAACCGUGACAAGUUCCCUACCAUUGUGCCGAAUUCCUUCUUUUCCAGCCAGGUGAUAGUGAACAGGUCGCGAGUCAAAACACGAGGACUAGAAUUAAACGUGCCAGUGAAGCUCACGUCUCUAGAGAAGCUGCCCACUAUAACAUCAGAAGUGCGAUCUAUGCUGCAAUCACACUCAAAGGUAACCACAGAAGACGAGAAGACCCGAUGCUAUGUCUCUCAGGUCGGUUCGACCUCGUUCAACCUCAUCAUCUCCUGCAAUCUCAAGCCUAUGAACAUGGAUGAUUUCCUAUUAACGCAGGAGGAGAUACUACUGGAGACUUCGCGUAUCGUGGUCAGAUCUGGUGGCGCUUUAGGUGCCAGCAUGUAGAUAAAUGUAGUCUGUGUGGAUGUGCAUGCAUCUUAGAAUUGAAGAUUAGACGUAAUUGUAACAUCAAUGUUGGUGAAUCGUGGAACAGGAUCAGCUCAGAAUUGGAGAUCAUUUAGAGUAGUUCGUGUACAGAAAUUUGAGAGGUAUGCUGGGUUGCUGGUCAGCUUGUUCAAGCUGAUGCUCUACUCUACAGAGUUUUUUUUAACCAGAAAAGUGUAUUGAGAUUUGAAAAUAGUUCUCAAGAGUUGUUGCGAAUCCAACUUCAGAUCCAAAUUCAGGCUCCCACAAGCUAACCACUGGAGUUUAGAUGGUCCAAAUGUUUUUAGUGAUGCAUCCCCCCGUUUAGACUGAUGACCGAUCUGGAAUACCAUAGAGCAAAAUUUU